AUGACUAAGUCAUCAUCUCGCCGUCGUAAUGUCAAGUUCCCACACCUGUCUCAGGGUGAGCGGCGGCUGAGCGUAUCCUCCGACGUCAGCGAUGCUAUCUCGGAACCCUCCAGCCCCAGCAAAAAUGGCGUCUCCAAGUCAGCCACGAUCCCUGAAGAUAAACCUGCCCCGUCCGAAUACGAGAAGAAGAAACAAACAUUCAUUACGCGGACAAUAUGGACCUUCGUUAUGAUUGCGGGCUUCUUCAUCGCCAUGUUCUCGGGGCACAUCUAUAUCAUUGGUAUCGUCACUGCUGUUCAGGUUGUUUCGUUCAAGGAAGUUAUUGCCAUUGCCACUGUACCCAGCAAGGAAAAAAACCUCAAAUUUACCAAGUCGCUGAACUGGUAUUUCCUCGCGUCGACCAUGUAUUUCUUAUACGGCGAGAGCGUUAUCUACUAUUUCAAGCAUGUCCUGCUAGUGGAUAAGGUCCUUUUGCCUCUGGCAACUCAUCACCGUUUCAUCAGCUUUACUCUUUACGUCAUGGGAUUUGUGUUUUUUGUUGGAUCGUUGCAAAAAGGCCACUACCGAUUCCAGUUCACCCAGUUCGCCUGGACACAUAUGGCGCUUUACUUGAUUGUAGUUCAGGCCCACUUCGUGAUGAACAACAUCUUCGAGGGCAUGAUUUGGUUCUUCCUUCCCGCUUCGCUGGUGAUCACAAAUGACAUCUUUGCCUAUGUUUGCGGUAUCACCUUUGGCCGCACUCAGUUGAUCCAGCUGUCUCCGAAAAAGACCGUUGAGGGUUUCAUUGGCGCAUGGAUCUGCACCAUUGGAUUCGGAUUUUUCAUGACCAACAUCCUCAUGCGGUAUAAGUACUUCAUUUGCCCAGUUAAUGAUCUAGGAGCGAACGUCUUGACUGGCCUUGAAUGUGUCCCCAAUCCUGUUUUCAUCCCGCAGGCAUACUCUCUUGAAUGGCUUGGUCUAGACAAGACUUUCUACGUUGAACCCAUUCAAUUCCAUAUUCUGGGAUUCGCUACCUUUGCAUCCCUUAUUGCUCCUUUUGGUGGCUUCUUUGCUUCUGGGUUGAAGCGUACCUUCAAGAUCAAGGACUUUGGCGAGUCGAUCCCCGGACACGGUGGUAUCACUGACCGUAUGGAUUGCCAAUUCAUCAUGGGUUUCUUCGCUUUCAUGUACUACCACAGCUUCAUUGCCACUCACAAGGCCAGCGUCGGUGAUGUUAUCGAAACCGUCAUCAAUGGCAUGACUGUUGACGAACAGCUCGAGGUUGUCCGAGGUCUCAGCAAAUAUCUCUACAACCAAGGGGCUGUUUCAGAGGGUAUUCUGGACUGCCUCGCUACUGAGCUGAAACGCCGAUGA